UUACUGCAUACUAGUACAACGUGUCUAUUUUAUUUGCUUUUUUUAUUUGUCAAGUAUAAAAAAAAAUAUAUUUAAACGAGUUUUGGAAAAAAAAUUUUAUUUUCAAUUGUAAAGAAAAACAAUAUUUUAUGUAAUUCUAAUUGUAUAAUGAAGUGAUUUUUUUGUUAUUACAAAUGUCAGUGUCACACUUGUUAAUCACAAUUAAUUUGCCGGUAUUUUUUUUGAAAACAAUAUAAUAGAAUUUUUCAAUUUUCAUGUGACAUGGAAUUGCAUUAAUUUGAAAAAUAAUUGUACAAUCUGAAGUGAGAUGCUUCAAAUCUAGAAAAAUGGCAACGAGAUUAAUGAACCAAAUAGCCUUUGACGAUGAUAUUUAUUCUGGAUAUAAUGAUUAUCCCUCAGUGUACAGUACAAAAGAUCUCGAUCAGGAUGAAGUCCUUCAAGAAGCGCUUAAAACCAGCUAUGCCAAAAGAUCUAUCAUGACACCUAAACCUCCUGGGACUGCUAUGAGAUUUGGAACAGCAUCUGGUUUUCACAGAGGUGGUACAGCUGGUCGUUUGGACACUGCUGGACCCCGUCCUAUGACCGCAGUUCGAGGUGCUGGUUAUACAAGUAGUGGACGACAACCCUUUGACCCUCUAAAUAUGGGAAGCAAUAACAGAGGUCCAGCACCUGCACUCGAAUCCGACAAAGAAAAUACGCCCGAAGAGAAAAUCAAAACUGCCGAACGAAAAAUAAUGGAACUAAUAGAAAGUUCUGCUGAAGCUGCAUGCGAAAACAAUAUGUCUGUUGCACUCGAGAGAGCUAGAGAAGCUUCAGCAAGAGAACGAUCUCUUAUAAGACUGCAAGAGCAAGCAGGACUUAGUGACAAUCACAAUUUAGAUUUGACAUUUGCGGUACUUUUCAAUUUAGCAAGUCAAUAUGCAAAUAAUGAAUUAUAUACAGAAGCUGUAGCAACUUAUCAAGCAAUAACGAGAAAUAAAAUGUUCAGCAAUAGCGCAAGACUGAAAGUUAAUAUGGGGAAUAUUUAUUUUAAAAUGGGUCAAUUACCACAGGCGAUUAAAAUGUAUCGAAUGGCCUUGGAUCAGGCUCCAACAGCGUAUAAAGAUUUAAGAAUUAAAAUAAUGCAUAAUAUUGGAAUGCUAUUUGUACAAAUGGGUCGAUUAGAAGAAGCAGCUAACAGUUUUGAAUGGGUUAUGAGGGAGAGGCCUGAAUUUAGAGCUGGUUUGCAUGCAGUUUUAUGUCAUUAUGCAUUAUCUCAUCGUGAUAAAAUGAAAAGGGGUUUUUUAGAAUUACUAGAAGUUCAACUGAAUAUAGAUGAAGAAGACAAAUACAGUAUGAGUACAGACGAUAUUGCUGCGAAUUUAUUAAAUGAAAUGAUUAAAAACGAUGAUUUAUCGAAACUUGAACGGGAAUUAAAAUUUGAGGCUGAAAAAACAAUUCUUAAUGCUGCUAAUCUCAUAGCUCCUGUAAUUGAAGAUACGCUUACUGCUGGAUAUGCAUGGUGUGUGGACGCUAUUAAAUCUUCAUCAUACAGUACACUUGCUGCAGAUUUGGAAAUUAAUAAAGCAAUGGUAUUUUUACACAAUCGAGAAACCCAAUUGGCUAUUGAUGCGUUGAAGGUUUUUGAGAAUCGUGAUUCUAAAGUUGUUAGUUCAGCGUCAACUAUGCUCUCAUUUGUCUACUUUCUACAGGGAGAUUAUGAUCAAGCAGAAAAAUGUGGUGAAGCAGCUCGUAAAGCAGAUAGUUAUAAUGCAGCGGCUUAUGUUAAUCUUUCGGCAUGUGCGAUAAAGAAAGGCGAACUUGAACGAGCUCGUGAAUUAUUAUUGUGUGCUUUAGACACUGAUGCAAGUCAUGUACAGGCACUCUAUAAUCUCGGUUUAGUCUACAAAAAGCAAAGUAUGUUUGAAGAGGCACUAGAAUGCUUUUGGAAGUUAAGGACCAUUGUGCACUAUGAUCCACAAACGCUCUAUCAAAUAGGUCAUUUGUAUCAGUUGAUGAGUGAUGUGGACCAAGCAGCGGAAUGGUAUAAUCAAUUGUUAGGUAUUAUUCCAUCUGAUCCGGGAGUUUUACAAAAGUUAGGAGAAAUGUACGAUACAAUUGAAGAUAAACAACAGGCAUAUCAAUUUUACAGUGACUCUUACAGAUAUUAUCCUGCUAAUUUCGAAGUUAUCGAUUGGCUUGGUUCCUAUUUUAUCUCAAUGCAGGUGGCUGAAAAGGCAAUGAUAUAUUUUGAAAGAGCCAUUGAACUUGCACCUGAUGAGCCACGUUGGAGAUUACUUGUCGCUGCAUGUUUAAGAAGAACUGGACAAUUUCAUAAAGCUCUUGAGGAAUAUCAAAAUAUACACAAACUUUUUCCAGAUAAUAUCGAAUGUUUAAAAUUUUUAGUGCGUCUUUGUAGCGAUUUAGGAUUGAAGGAAGCUCACAUGUAUGCAACUGAAUUGAAGAAAGUUGAGAGAGCAAAAGAAGUUAAAGAACGACAUGGAUCUGGAAGACCUGGAACAACAAGUUCUAAGCGGAGUAACAGUGGAAAUUCUUCGAGAGGAGGUUCCGGAAUGAGUACAUUAUCAGAACAUCGAGCAAGUCCUGCAUUAAGUCGUGGUGAUCAUAGAAUAAAUAGUGCAGGAAUUAAUAAACCAAUUAAUAUUAAUUCAAAUACACAUAUGAAUUCACACUAUUCGGAUCCAAUUGGUGCACUGCCUGUGAGACCGAUGACUGCCGUUGGUAAACGAGAUGACGACUUUGGAGAUGAAGAACUUGGUGACGACUUGUUGCCAGAAUAACGCACAUAUCAUAUUUUAUCGUUCAUCUCUUGCACUUAUCGCUAAUCAAAACAUGUCGUUAUAAUGUUUUAUCAUUCAACAACGUCACAUAUAACGUACUCGAAUUUAUACAUUGUUAUGAAAUGUGAAAUUGCAUAAUCUCAUCUUCCGUCAUUUUACACGAAUAUGACAUUGUAAACACUUACUUACAUACUCAAUUAUUACUAAUAGUUUACUUAACAGUUCAUUUUUUCCAUCUAUUUUAUAAUAAGCGUUUUCGAAUAUAUAUACAAUCACAUAAACAAGUGCCUUGUUUUACAGAAAUAUUUAAUAAAGUUUCACAUGUUAUAUAUAAAAAUG